CGUCUCUCACUCGCAUUGCUCGCGGGUAGAGGGAGUUUCUAUUUUGCCCUUAAACUUGAACGUGGCGGAACUGAACGUGAUUAGUGAUUAGUGACGCGGCUUUCGCGGCUUAAUACUAAAAUGCAGAGCUCUUAGAAAAAAUGUCGGGCCUCUUAUCGAUGGAAAUGGCUCAAGACUAAUGAGUGAAUUCCCACGGGGAGCGUGUCGGCCGUUUUAACAGGGCUUGUUGAUAUGUGAUGAGAACAUGUGAAAUGUGUGAGCGCGUGGACACGAGAGGCAUUGCUCGCGCUACCUAAUUGCAGAAAACACGGCAAUGUUAACUUUUACAGCAGACCAUUACGUAUCAUUUUGCGGAACUGAGAGUGGGAAACUGAAACUUAUUAUAACAAAUGACGGCGUCACCGCUGCUUUUCAAACUGCUGGUAGAAGUGCCGUUAAGCUGAACGCUAGCCUACAUUUUGACUGUUGGCUUGUUUUGAGUGCUCACGAGCGUGCAACAUAAUCCGCCGGUCAGCUGCUUUACUGAAGCCCCGCCCCGUGCUCGUGACGACACAGCCCGUGGUCAAAUCAGCGCGCUCGAGAGGAGAUUGUUUACAGGCUGCUUCCGUGUUGUCUCUCCAGCGAUGCCAGACGUCUGAAAGGUUUUGUUCAGCCAGCAAGAGCCAGCGGGAAAAGCUGAACAUGACGUCAGAGGGAGUUCUCACUCGGGGGGGCUUUGGAUCGAUCGGCGGAGGAAACUUCACUUCUCUCUGCCCCAAUGGGUCAGAGUGGGUUUGGGACGGCCUUGGUGAAUGCGCCCAGGAUGCCAGGGAUAUGGCCAGUGUCUACCUCGGCCUGCUGUCCAUUGUCUGCUUCAUGGUGUCUUCAAUGCCGCAGUACUACAGCUCUUGCAAAACAGGGAACAUGGACAGUGCUCUCUCUAUUUGGUUUUUGUUGCUUUGGCUGGGAGGCGACAGCUGCAAUCUGGUGGGCUCCUUCUUAGCAGACCAGCUUCCACUUCAGACGUACACAGCGGUUUAUUAUGUCCUGGCUGAUCUGCUGAUGUUAGCCAUGUACUUUUACUACAUGACAAAGAACAAACUUCGUGGAAACAGGACGCUUUUAAAUGUGGUGGGCGUGGCCUGUGUCCUGGGCCCCACCACCAUCCUCACUGCCAGCCUCACCUCCAUCGAUGGACUGGGAGCCCAGCAGGAGGCACUACACUCUGAGUUCAAAGGUCGCGCCUUGCUCUCAACUACUAUUCAGGCUUUCACCACCAAGGAGAUCAUCGGCUUCUCCAUCGGCUCAGUGUCGUCGGUGCUCUACCUCUUCUCCAGGCUCCCCCAGAUGUACACUAAUUACAAGAGGAAGUCGACCGAGGGAGUGUCAUACUUCCUGUUCGCCCUGGUCAUCCUGGGUAACACUACGUACGGUCUGAGCGUGCUGCUGAAGAACCCAGACCCGGGCCAGGGCGAGAGCAGCUACAUCAUCCAUCACCUGCCCUGGCUCAUUGGCAGCCUGGGCACACUCACCCUCGACCUCAUAAUCAGCAUCCAGUUCUUAAUAUACCGCGGUGGUCGGCUGGAGGAGGACAGCCACAGUGACGAGACCGCCGCUCUGUUGGGCAACUAGACCAGCAAACCAGGGGUCUGCUGGCUGUUCUUGGAACAGACACUCAGCCCAAUGAGCCCUGACAAUCUAAUACCCAGCAUGUAAUUAUGGCCGGGCAGAAACACAGGAAAAACAGCUUUUACUUUACUUUUACAGUUCUAUUUAUUCUACUCCUUGUUUUAUGUAUACAAUCUGUAUUUUUAGUUACUACAAGUACUGAGGCAAGCGGUUCAUUGCAUGACAUUAUGGUGCUGUCAUAUUGUUGUUAAUUGCUCUUAAUUUUCUAGUUUUAAAGGGAAGGUUCAGGUGUCAGAAACGGAUGGGAAGGUGCUCCUCGACCUGAUGUCAUGUGGUUUUAAGACUGACUUGCUGCUGGCAGGAGCAGCCAGACUGCACCGUGGUUUUAAAUUUGCCAAACACUUUAAGUCUUUAAGUUGCUAUGUACUGAAAUGCGGACAGUUAUGAUGCCACUGCACGACGGCCUGCAUGAGAAGUGAGAAAGAGCAACUUGUCUCCAGUGUUUCAGAAUAGCAUAUGUAUAACUUGAAUCUGUGUUUUGGGUCCAGAGACGGGAACGCAGCGACGUGUCUGGUCUCAAAUGUAAAAAUGUAAAACGUUCAUGUGUUAAUGUACGUAGUGGUGUUGUGUUUUUAAUUGAACAGUUAAUACCAGCUGCCUUAAUCCAAACAAACUGAGUAUUUUUAUGCAUUUUAGAUAUUUUUUCGUUUUCAUUGAGAUGAGUCCAUUGGAUUUUCCUGUUUGUUUGAAGUACAGAUACUUGACCUGUUAUGUUUGGACGGUGUUAAAAGUCACAUUGUUCACUUGUGUAUCUCCUUUCACCUUUCUUUGUUUCCUAACUGCAUGUUCUGUGAGGCAAACUACGUCUGGGGUCACAGUGUGAGCCCCGUUUCAUCCUCACUCUUCUUUUUUUUUGUGCACAUUUUAUCACAAGUCUAUUUUGUACAAGUAGAAAUAUUAAAUGUAUUCAGUGGGUCAGUUGUUUUGCAGUGAGAACAUUAAAUGGGUAAAUUACA